UACUACAUGUGGUUGUUAAAGCUAAAAAAUUGAAUUCAAAAUUCUACCAGCUUUGUUCCAGAAGUUUGUGAGGUGGGGCUAGUCUCCCAACGGGUAGACUUGAUAAUAAUUGAGGACAUAUUCAAAUUUUCUAUUGAAAAGUUAUUCUUUAGUACCUCUCAUAAUUAAAGUUCAAUAGUUCGAAUAUGUCAAUGUUUUUAAGUCACUACUAAUAUUAAUUGUGUGUGUGAAAAAUCACCGUGAAACAUAGCUUUUCAAAAUAUAAUGCAUAUAAUGCAUACAUAACAAGUUUCCAUAUACCUAGUCAAUAUUUUUCUCUCUGAGGAAUAAUAGGUCACUUCUUUAUAGGAUAAUCCUAUGCAACUUGCCAUCUUUUUGCAAUCUCGAAUCCCCUUUUCUUUACUAGAUUCUUUGUCAUAGAUUUUCUUUCAUAGAGAUUUCCUUAUUUUGUAGAUUUUCAUUUUUCCAAUGAAAUAGAAAAGGCAAAGAAUUGCUUCUAAGUUAGGCUAUCUAUUAUCCAGUAUCCACAAUAAAAAGAAAUACUAAACCUAUAAAGCUAGUCUUGCGGCUAAGAAUUUCAUCAAAGCAAAGUAACGUUUUGGUUUUUUUAAUACCAAAGAAACUCAUAAUUCAUCAUCAUAGCAUAUCACACCAACACUUUAUAUUACAAAUAUGAGAAACAUUACAAGUCUAUUAUUUCCACCUCCUCUAUUGUCAAUAUUUUCUAUUUUUAUAACCAUAAAAUAACAAACAGCUAUAAUCAUUGAUAAUGCCAAUAGUUGUUGUACCUUGGAAACUCCUAACUUUCUUUUUUGUUCUUUUCACUUUGUUAUCUUGCACUUUCUCUAACAUAUUCACCAUAACAAACAAUUGUCCUUAUACUAUAUGGCCCGGCACACUUGCCGGCGCAGGAACACCGCCGCUACCAACGACCGGAUUCCAGCUUGACUCAGGUCAAGCUGUGAAACUAACUAGUGUUCCUGGUUGGUCAGGUCGGAUAUGGGCGAGGACUGGUUGCACAUUUGAUGCAACAGGAAUCGGGAAAUGUCAAACUGGUGAUUGCGGUGGAAGGCUUGAAUGUGAUGGGAAUGGUGCAGCUCCACCUACUUCACUCUUUGAGAUUACACUUGGGCUAGGUAACCAACAAGAUUACUAUGAUGUUAGCAUGGUUGAUGGCUACAAUUUGCCUUUGCUUGUUCUACCAAGAGGUGUAUAUGGUAAUAGUGCCUGUAAUUCUACAGGUUGUGUAACUGAUCUUAACAGAGGUUGUCCAAAAGAACUUCAAGUGGUUGGUGGUGAUGGAUACCAAGGUAGUGUAAUUGGUUGUAAGAGUGCCUGUGAAGCAUUUGGAUCAGAUCAGUACUGCUGCAGUGGACAAUUUGCUAAUCCAACAAUAUGCCAACCUUCCUAUUAUUCCACAAUUUUCAAGAAGGCUUGUCCAAGAGCUUAUAGCUAUGCAUUUGAUGAUGGAAGCAGCACUUUCACUUGCAAAGCUUAUGAAUAUGACAUUGUGUUCUGUCCUACUAGCAACAAGAUUAACAAACCAAAUGGUGCAUUUCCUCCUCCACCACCGCCAUCAAUUGGAUUUCCUUACGAGAAGGUUCAGCAAGACAGUUCUUCUUCAAGUAUUAUCAUCUUGCCCUUUCGAGAAACAGUGUUUCUACUAGUUAUCACAAUCUCGAUGUUUAUAGAGAAGACUUUGCCACGGAUUUGAAGUAUUGCUAGUAGAGAAUCACACAUGUUUUUCUUGGAAAGUUAGGUAGAAACAUGGAAAAUGAUAUGCAGUGAAAAUGAAUCACAUGAAGAAUCAAAGGAAGGAGAAUGCAGAUAUUACUCAUUCAGAACUCUAAGAUGGAAGAUGAUGAAAAACCAAAACCAGAGAGUCUAUUAAACAACAGCUAGUCAUAGUUUCAAGUUAGGCUUGUAAAUCUCCAAUAAAAAAAACUUUGGAAUAAAUUAAGAAAAUAGUAAGUUAUUUGCAAUAUAACCAGGAUUAGAGAAACUCAAAUUAGUCAUUCUGUCAAAUGUUAUAUAGCCAAAUUAAUACUUGUGUAUAAACUAUUUCAAUAACAAAAAGAUGAAAUAAAGUCAAACUAUUUCAUGUAA